AUGUCGGGCCAGGCUGAAUCCCCAACUAAAGCGCUCGUCCCCAACGACUCCUUGCACAAUGACCAAUGGAAAUUGGAUUUACAAAAAUCUAUCACAGACCUCUCUGCCCAGGUCAAUACUCUACAGACUAAUCUCAACCAAAUGUCGGGGCCGGCCCUACCAAACCUGGACAAUAAUGGGCCCAUCUCCAAAAAGCCUCUGGCUGACGACCAAUGGAAAUUAACCAUGCACCAAAUACUCACGGAAUUCUGUGUCAAAGUGAACAACCUCGAAUCCGAACUCCGAGACCUUAAAUCCCAAACCUGUGCACCUCUAAAUGAAGGCACACCCAACACCUUCCGGUUUGGCUCCACAAGCCCGCCAGCCCCGCCAGCAAAAAGACCGAGGCCACAGGCGUCCAUUUGUAGUAGUAACAGUGAACCUCCCAGCUACCGCUCAAAAGUGGGCAACCCCACAAAACCGACUCCCCGAAAAACCCCUGAUCCCACCGACCUCUCAGCCCCUACUGCAGCCGCCAGCACCCGCACAGCUUCUGACGAAAGUGAUGGGCCGCCCGAUGCCGGACAAAACUCUCCACGAAAUGGAUGA